GAAGGCUAAUUCAAAGAAACAGCCAGGCAGGCUUCUUUUCUCGGUAGGAAUAAUAAUAUCCCCCUUCUCCAUGGCCCACCUGGGAGCCCACUUGGCCUUUAGAUCCCGCUGGCAGAAGACCGACGACGAACUCUGCCGACAUAGCAUGUCGUUUAUCCUUCACAAAGCCAUUCGCAAUGACUUCUUUCAGAGCUACCUCUACCUGCUGGAAAAAAUCCCCCUGGUGAAAUUGUAUGCUUUAACGAGUCAAGUCAUCAAUGGGGAAAUGCAAUUCUAUGCCAGAGCCAAACUUUUCUACCGAGAAGUACCAGCUACAGAAGAGGGUAUGAUGGGAAAUUUCAUUGAACUGUCCAACCCUGAUAUCCAGGCUUCUCAGGAAUUUCUUAGGAAAUUUGUUGGGGGACCCGGAAGAGCUGGGACGGACCGCGCCCUGGACUGCGGCUCUGGGAUUGGGAGGGUCAGCAAGCACGUCUUGUUGCCGGUUUUCAACAGCGUGGAACUGGUGGACAUGAUGGAAUCGUUCCUCCUGGAAGCCCAGAACUACCUGCAGGGCAAAGGGGACAAGGUAGAGAGUUACCACUGCUACAGCCUGCAGGAAUUCACACCCCCUCUGGGGAGAUACGAUGUCAUCUGGAUUCAGUGGGUGUCCGGGUACCUAACUGAUAAGGACCUUCUUGCAUUUCUUUCCCGGUGUCGAGAUGGCCUGAAAGAACACGGUGUCAUCAUACUGAAGGACAAUGUGGCUCGGGAGGGCUGCACCCUAGAUCUCUCUGACAGCUGUGUGACUCGGGACAUGGAUGUCCUGCAGAGCCUCAUUCAGAAGAGCGGGCUGGCGAUGCUGGGCCGGGAGAGGCAGCAUGGCUUUCCCGAGCAGUGCAUCCCGGUGUGGAUGUUCGCGCUGCACAGUGACGGACGCUCCUGACCAGUGGUGGCGUGCACGGCGGGACAGCACGGCGGUGCUCGCAGACAGAGGUGCUCUCCUCUGAGACGCACCUGGUGAUUCGUGGAGGAUGGAGAGAAGGAAUGCAGUGCAUGUCUGGAAAGGACUGAGGACGUCGUGUGGACAAGUCUGCACUAAUUCCAUAAGUACACGCACACUGGACUUUUUGAAAGAUAAAUGGAGUGAAGCAUCAGAAGAAAUGGUGGUAGGCACCUAAUGUGUCCGAGUGUAAUCAGAAACAGAAAAGGGAGCAAUGUCCACAAACUCUGAAGAUUUGCAUAUAGAGUACAGAGUGCGGUCUGGACCCCUUUUCUCUGCCCUCAUGCUAGAUACAUUACACUUCCUUCCUCAUUGGGAUUACUACUUCUCUUAGACAAAAAUCUCCCCCUAAUUAAGUAGGCACCAGUCAUAAUAACCUUAUGAAAACAAGCCCAUUUCUUAAUUUUGUCAUUAGCCUUUCUCUUGACAGAAAAAGUAUAUGGUUUCAUGUUCUAUUUUGGGUCAGUUUCACCACACAACGGUGAUGUCAUAUGGAUGUAAUUUGAUAACAGAAGGCUGCAUUUCAGUGAUGUACCCUUGAAAUUUCAGCUGUGAAACAUAUAAGCAAAUGUCACUGAUAAUCUAAUUUCAGCCACUGGCUCCCAAUGCUGCUUACUUCAUUGCAACCACUCCUGUUUCCUUGAUUGAUAUGAAGGUACAUUUGAAA